AUGGCGGCGGAGCCGGUGGAGCUGCACAAGCUGAAGCUGGCUGAGCUCAAGCAGGAGUGCCUGGCCCGGGGCCUGGAAGCCAAAGGCAACAAACAGGACCUGAUCCAUCGACUCCAGGCCUACCUGGAGGAGCACGCUGAGGAAGAGCCCAACGAGGAGGACGUGCUGGGAGAGGAGAUUGAGGAAAAUUCCCCCAAAUCCCCCCAAAUCCCCCAAUCCCCAAUGCCCGUGUUCCCUUUCCGUGUUUCUCAGAGGAUGCAGAAAAGAGCCGAGAGGUUCAACGUCCCCAUCAGCCUGGAGAGCAAAAAGGCGGCCAGGGCGAUAAACCUGGAAAAGCUCAAGGAAAGGGCCCAGAGGUUUGGCCUCAACGUCUCCUCCCUCUCCAAAAAGAGUGAGGAGGAUGAGAAGCUGAAGAAGAGGAAGGAAAG